AGUUGUUUGUUACACUGUAACACCAGCUGCUUUCUGCACUCUGGAGCUUUUGCUGCCUCUGAGCUCCCUUAACUCCUUUUGCCUCUAGUCCUUUGCUUAGCUUCCCCCUCUCCCCGUUUUCUCUCGCUUUAGAUCUCUUUCUAACUUUCACAUCGGUUUCUCCCACCCCCCCCCCCGCUCCCUCCCCUUUCCUGGAGUCUUAAAGGGGGAGAAGAAGAAAAUAAUUUUUAAAAAACCUCCAAUUUAAAAAAAAAUUACUAAUAAUAAAAAAAUUACCCCCAACAUAGAUGAACUACAAAUGAGAAAAAGGAAAAGAUGGAGCUGCACAUUUUAGAGCACAGGCUCAAAGUAGCCAGCAUAGCCAAGGAGAGCAUCCAGUUGUUUACCUAUGGAUUAAUCAAACUUGCUUUCCUUUCCUCCAAGACCAGAUGCAAGUUCUUCAGUCUCACGGAAACGCCAGAGGAUUAUACGAUCAUUGUGGAUGAGGAGGGGUUUCUAGAGCUCCCUUCAUCAGAACACUUGAGUGUGGCAGAUGCUACCUGGCUGGCUCUCAAUGUGGUUUCAGGCGGAGGCAGCUUCUCCAGCUCCCAGCCCAUCGGGGUGACCAAGAUUGCCAAGUCAGUAAUAGCGCCCCUGGCUGACCAAAACAUUUCUGUGUUCAUGCUGUCCACCUAUCAGACCGACUUCAUCCUGAUACGUGAGCGGGACCUGCCCUUCGUGAUGCAUACGCUGGCUGCUGAGUUCACCAUCCUUAGGGUCGUGAAUGGGGAGACAGUGGCUGCUGACGACUUCGGGAUAACGAAUGGGUUUGUCAAGCCAAAAAUGGUUCAGAGGCCUGUGAUCCAUCCUCUUUCCAGUCCCAGUAAUAUGUUCUGUGUCACCAGCCUGGAUCCAGAUACCCUUCCAACUGUCGCUACACUCCUAAUGGAUGUCAUGUUUUACUCCAAUGGAGUAAAAGACACAGUGGUGGGCAGUGAAGACUCUGGACACAUUCGCUUUUUCUCCUUCUCUCUCAUUGAGGGUUACAUCUCCUUGGUGAUGGAUGUACAGACACAGCAGAGGUUUCCUAAUAAUUUGUUGUUUACAAGUGCAUCUGGAGAACUCUGGAAGAUGGUUCGGAUUGGCGGGCAGCCACUUGGCUUUGAUGAAUGUGGAAUUGUCGCUCAGAUUUCUGAGCCUUUGGCCGCCUCGGACAUCCCAGCCUAUUACAUCAGUACUUUUAAGUUCGAUCACGCAUUGGUACCUGAAGAAAAUAUAAAUGGCGUAAUCAACGCACUCCAAGUCAGUCAAGCCGAAAAGCAUUAGACAUCUUCUGAGCUGGUUGCAGAUGCUUUUUUAUUAUUAUUCCUUUUCUCACAGUAUUUCUUGAAAAAUCUGACUCCAAAGAGAGAAAUUGAGGUGCCAUGAAAAGAGACUGUGAACUGAUGAGCAGAAAAGGAGCUCCAACAAGCUUUUUUUUUUUCUUUCUUAAAAGUGGGAGGGCGGGGAGUUGUUAUGAUGGUUUCUUGACAUUAGACUCCAAAGCAAAAUGCUUUCUUGCUAUUUUGGUGUGAAAGGAAUUGCAGGUAGAGAUGCAGCCUCUCACUGAAAUGCAGAGGUAUAGACAGGUUGCAUACACAGCAGCUUUAGGGAGAGCUUCAAAGCAACACCUGAGGCGGGAGAGCUGGGUUUUUUUUAGCAGAGAGCAUGAAAAGCAUAAAGGAAAGAGAUGUGGAAUUAAAAGGAAAACAACAUGUUGAACUGUAUUGCUCUUUCUACUAGCAUCAGACUGUAUAAAAAUGGUAACAAUCCCUUAUGAGCUAUGUUCAGAUUGGAUACUGUUUUCCUUCACAAUUCAAUGUUGUGAGAGAGUUGGAAAAAAACUGUUUUUUUUCUUCUGCAAUUCAGAAUUGGCUGCACAGAGAAAAUUGCAGCAUGGUUCUUUAUUAAGAGCAGUCUUCUGCUGAUAUGUACUUCAGGGGCCUGUGUGAGCUAUUGGAGUUAUGUAUAUUAGCUCCAUUUUCCACAGUCCCUGAACAUCCUCUGGCUACAAUGUUGUGUCCAGGCAUCCUUCCAAGCCCAAGAAAGUUUGCCAUUCUCUGAUGUCCGUUAUCUCAUGCCAUCCUUUCCCUUUUCCCCGAUCCCUAAACUCUUUAACAUGUAGGGAUUGAGGAUGGUUGUCAUGAGACCCGCUUGCUUAACCAGCCUCGUAGCUCCAAGUGAUAUACGCUCAAAUCCACUCCCUUCCAUUCCUACUGAGCCAAUCUCACUCCCUGAUGCUUUCCGCCACAUCUCUAUUCGCAAGGGUAAGGAAGCAUCCAAAAGUCCUGAGCUCCUGGAGGCAGCACUGGUUUUAUCAGUAUAACUCAGGGCUCUGUUGCCUUUCUACACCCACUCAUGGCCUUCUGCAUCCAAGGCUUUUGGUGAAUGUGUUGCCAUCCAGCAAAACAGUUGGCCAAGAAGUGUGUUUUUGUCCUAACCAGGGGGUGUUGAUACCCAGGCCCUUGAGGUUCUAGUUAUUUCACCUGCUACCUAAUUUCUUUGAUGAAACAUGAUUCUGGCUUGGUUUGGUUUGGCUGCAAAGCUAAGUUCCAACCCAGUGGGAGUUUUUUCAUUGACUUACUGGCUUUGAAACAGGCCCUCAGUGCUGUGUAUUUAGAAAAGGCACCGAGUUCUACAGAAAUGUGCUGAAACAUUGACCUGGUUCCUUAUCCCAGUAUUACCAACUCUUUUGGAGGAAAGUGAUGUUGGUCUUUAAUAGAGAGCCCUGCCGCCUGCAAUCCUGCCAGGAGCUGCUUACAUUUUGACAGCCCCUUGCAAAAGAAGCGAUGAGCCAGUGGGAAUGAAACUCAGUAGCCCAACAUUUUACCUGGUGCCAUGCAUCUUCUUCAGCCCACUUCAGAACUGACCCACGGUCAGGACGGGGGUAAAGCCGAUGGUGAGCAUAGAGCAGGGAGGGCAAGCAUUGCACAGGAGUCUGCAAUGAAUACACCUGAAAUGCCGUAUGUCCGCAACAACCCCUACUCUGGUGAGACUCAAGUUCUGUGAGGAGGAAGGCCACAUUCAGAGAUCUUGUUUUAUAGAAAACCUCGAUUGUUUUGGACAACUGUCUGGAUAAUUUGACGUGAUAGCUAAGGAGCCUUUGAAGAGCCAGUGCAAUAGGCAAGUUGCACCCUGAUGAUGAGAACUAAGCUGUAAUUUACAGUUUGGGGAAUCAGAUUUGUGCUAACUCUGAUCAAGUUAAUAUGCUAAAAUUAGCCAAGUAGCCAAGGCGGUGCAAGUGGCAGAAUGGGCUUGCCACCAGAGUAAGUAUCUAGGAUUUCAGCUGGGAUCUUACUCAAGGCAGCUAGCCUGUCCGCUGCUUCUGCAGCUUCACUGCUCUUUGUCGCAUGCUAGCUUGACCAGCGCUGAAGUGGGUGUGUCAAGCCAAGCUGGACACAACACCUCCAGCACCAGUAUAGACGUACCCUAAGAAACUAGUAAAACAACCAGGUUUGGUGCCAGGAUGGCGCCUUGAACACCCUAGAACUAGUUCAAGAUGUGAAUGGGAUCUUCAUGGCUUCAGCAUAUCUCCCUAAUUGGCUUGACCCAGGACCUCAGACCCAAAUUUGGGGAGAGUUGAGAUUGGGAUCCUGCUCUGGCCCAUCUCUAGCUGGUACAAGGGCUAUGCGUUGCUUGUAUGUUACAGCAGCUAUUAACUCUGCAGGCUACGCUUGCUGGGUGGGGUGGUAACAAGAGGAGGAUCCCCCGAACCAACAUGUCAGAGCUUUGUUUAAAAAAAACCCAAGCCCUUCAGAAAACUCUUUUAGCACCUGAGGAAAUCCAAGUGGAUGUACCUUCCUCUCAAUGCUGACCCCAAGCUACACCGCGUACUCCAGUGCUGUGUGCUUUGGAGCCCUGCUGCAGAACCCUUUUCUCUCCAGCAUUGCAGAACCCUUAUGCAAGGGGCCGAGCAAGGAAAUUCAACACACGCUGAACAUGCUCAGGAUGAGUGCAAUCGCAGCAGUGGGGUAAGGAAAAGAAUCCUUUCCUGGGUGUGAUCUGGAUUGCCACAUCCAUUUGGCCCUGUUGCUGCCCCUGCAGUCUUUAGCACCUGAUUUUGUGCAAAAAAUAUAUAUUUUUAAGGGUUGGGUUUUUUAAAAAAAAGCCUUGGUGUGUCUGUAAGAAUCGGUGGAAUUGCACUAUUCCUUUAACAUUACAUAUAUGAGGGAAGAGUGGGAGAAAAGUGUGUAAGAGUGAUUCUGUAUUCCUUCUGGAGUUCUGCAUGAAUAAAACCAUGGCUCUGCCUUUUACCCGCCAGGUCUGAAUCUAACUGCGUGAGGCUCUCUCUGACCCUUUUGCUGUGGAGUUUUAUUCAGCUGUGGUUGCUGAUCCAGUUGGGUUUUUGAAGCUAACAUUAACUGCAUGGAAUCCUCUUCAUUUCCUCCUCUCCUGCUUCCACGCUGGUUCCGUUGCACAAAAAUUCAACCACCACCAAAAUGUUUAUGCGCAUCUGUUUCUAAAAGGGGGCAGGGGAGAAGCAGUUCUCAGUCUCCUUCCUUAUUUCUCAGAGGCCUUUUUUUCUUAGUUACACACAUCAGAGAUUUAUAUUUCUAUGUAGCAAUGACUAAUUUUUGUCAUUUUUCUAUUGGAUUUCAGCUGCAGAUUCUUUUUCGCUGUGCAAGGGUGCGAGUGUGUGUGUGUGCACAGUCAUAUAAAUGUAGCGUGUUUACAGAGAAAUACUAGUAUGUAUCUAUUGUACACGUUUAAACACCUGUGUUUUCUGUUUUUAUGGAUAUAUACUAUACAUAGCAUAUAUACUUGAGCAAUAUAGGUUAAUAUACUGUGUGCAUGUGUAUAUUGUAGAUACACACUUAGCGUGUGUAUAUGUAAUAAUUACUGUCUACACAUAUACAUUCACCAUAUAUUUUUAAUUUAAGUAUAUAGGCAAUAUGAAUAUUUAGAUAUGUUGUCUGAAUUUCUCAAACAUUUUUAGAAAAAGAGAAGCAGCUAAUGAAGCAGUGGCUUUUUUCACUUGUAGGCAGAGACCUUUAAAAAUGUCCAGGUAAAGUAUCUGCAGGCUGAUCUUGGUUUUGUCAGUUACAAAAACACUUCUUUCCUUUUCAGUUUGCUGUUUUGGGUGGAAGGCUUUCUAGAAAAGAUUGUGUGGUUUGUUUUAAUUGCUGCAUUGAAUUGCUUUCACAAGUAAAAAGUGAAAGUUGUGUUUCAAAGUGCCUGUUCAACCCCCCGAGUCCAUGUGGCGUAGAACAGGGCAUCCACCCAAUUGUGUGAAGAAGUGCAGGACUGGGGUCUUGAUUUUAUUUUAUCUUUUCGAGUUCAUAAACAAUUUUUGCUUAAAAGCAACCGGGCAGCUUUCUAAUUUCAGCCUGUAGGAGGAGCAUAGUCUGGAAAACUGUGAAUGAAAACUUGUGACAACCUGCUGCCUUUUGAGCCUGUGUUGACUAAAAAGUCAGUCAGUUCAGUGUGAAAUUCUCACAGCACUCUGUGCUAGUGCACUUGUGUUUCUUUGCUGGUGCUUGGGGUUUUUUAACUGGAUUUUAUCAUAAAGGGUUUAGCUUCUUAGAAAUAGGCAGUUUGGGGGAGAUCUGGCUGCUGCUGACUUAAUGGCAUAACAAGUUGCUGCUAAUACAGGUGUUGCUAUUUAUUAGAACGUUAGUGUUCAUUGCCCUGAUUGAAGGUUUAAAUCAAUGCAUAAUUUUAUAACAGGUUGAAGUAGUAGGAGGGUUUUUUAAAAAUAAGAAUGAAAAAUCUUGAUGUGGUAUUUGAAAGUUUGUUGUUCUUGCUCUCAUCAUCAGAAUCUCCUGACUCCCUGGAGUGGUGUUUGUAAGAACCCAGAUGGGAAAGGUACUCUUACCAAAAACAUCAACCAGUUUUAUUUCCUUGCUUCUGUAAGCAGAUCCUGUCUAAACCACUUUGAGCUACCAACAUUUGUCUGCCCCAUAAGUGCAUAAUUGGAUGUCCUUUUGGAGGUUUGGAUGUCUGUCUUCUUGCAUCCUUUAAGAAACAGGUUUGGCUUUUGAAUAAUCCUGGAUUGUUGGUGUCUAGCUCAAGAUUGUUAUGGGAUUAUCUCCUCUUUUCCUUCCUAUGGGGAGGUUUAGUUCAAGUCUCCUAUUUUGUAUGGGACUUUGAGGUUUUGGAAUCUAUGGUAGGCCUUGUUAGAAUUAGGAUCAUCUUAAUGGAAAUGUGGUUUCAAGAGAGUGAUUCUCAGGCAGCUAUUUCCAAUGUAUCUAAUUUUAUUUUCCCUCCUAGUUUAGUCUGACUAUUCCCAGGGGCAGCAAGAGAAUGUUGUUGAACAGAGAUGAACUGGGCCUUCUCCCUAACAAAGAACGUGCUGAUGUCAGACUGUGCCGAGGGGAUGCAAGUGAAGUCCAGCAGCAAUUUACUCUUUAGGACCUGCCAUACAAAACACACCGGGCUCUUCGAGGCACGUUGUAGAAGAGAAGUGUUACUGGAAGUGAGGAUCCCUGGAGCCAGUGAAACCAUCCUGGAGUCAUUAAUCAGGUUCAGUUUAUCUAGAAUCUUAGAUUUUAUUUUCUUGGCUCUUCAAGGAACAUAAGGGUGUCAAGUAGGGCACCCUAAGCACGCUGCCUCUGCAGCAUGCUUUUGCUAGGUAGUAACUUGGAGAGUCACCACAAACCUGGGGUCAGAUUCUGAUACCGUAAAACAGUCACGUUAUCGUUACUCCACAAAUCAUAUUAAUAAUUGAGUAGUCCCAUGGAAGCCAAAGAAACUAUUUGUGGUGUAAAGUGCUAAUCAGCGUGAGUGAUCAGCAUCUGGCCCUGAAAAAUGUACCAUUUUUGUCUUCUUAAAUCUUCCAUAAUACAUGGGCAUUUUUUGCUCCUGCAGAUGUAGAUGACAUCUGGUGUUAAUUGAUAGAGCACCAUUUACUUCAGUGUAGACCUGGCAACUUGUGACAGGUUGGGGGCCUGACCUGGGAUCUUCCUAGUCCUUUUGGAACCCUCACGUCAAUGCCAGUAGUUUCACACGCAGGUCCUGGCCCCACACUCUACCCAAGAUAAAUCAGAAGCGAAUGCAGCUGCCAGUGUAAACCCAUUGCAGGUGAGAUCAGAAAUUUGGCCCUUGAAUCAAUAACCAGAAUGAAAGCAUGUACUGGAUGGUUUUAGGUCAGGCAGUGUGUGUGUGGGGAGGACCCCUGUGGGUGAUAAAUGGUGUCAAGGAUUUGUUUCUGACUCUACAAGGCAGGUGACGGAUCUGGGCAUCAGGGUUUUGCUUCUGUCUAUGCAGGGCAGGUGAGGGCUCCUGGCAUCAGAAUGUGAGGCAUUGUUGAGGAGCAAACAUGGAAGAUUGGUCCCUGUUGCGAGUGAGGGUGUCUCACAGUUUGCAGCAAGGAGAGGUGAGGUGAGAUGCAAAACUGAACAAUACAAAAGAAAUAAUUUUGGUUGUAUUACUCUUGUGAAAAGAACAAAUACGUCUUUGGUUUAGUCACGAAUUGAAGCUGAAUUGCAUUUUUUUUAAGACAACCUUCCCCCCCGCCCAGUGGAGUCCCCAGUCAGAAUCAGGUUGUUUUGUCUCCCAGAGCCAGCCUUGAGGAGAGAGAAUUAGCCCACCCGAAAGUGGAAAUAUUGAAUAAAUCGUUCCAAUGCUGCAAACUCUUUCCCAGGAAAAGCCUCAGAGCGUCUCUGAGGUAAGAUCUGGGUCACAAACCCUAGUGCCUACGCAGAGCUUAUUGCAGGAUCAGGGCCUCAGUUAAUAGCGUUACCGCAGUAGUCUUCUGACCAAAGUAGAGUGGGGGUUGGCACACUAGUUUAGGUCAUGGGACUUGAGGGGGAGGAGAGAGAGCUCCCUCAGAUUGAUUUGUUUUCUAUCUGAUUGCCCCUACUCUCUUCAUCAGGUGGGGUAUUUUUUUUUUGAGGGACAACCCCAUCCCUCCUGCCUGUGCAUUAUGUCUUCCUGAAAAGCAGAACCUUGAAAACAGAGUGAAGAAGGCAGAGAUGUGGCAAGUAACAUCUCAUGCCCUGUAGGCCACGCUUUCAAGAGCGCCUCAUUCAACAGCUUAGCAAUGUUAAGGGAAUGAUGGAAAAUGUAUGUGGGGGAGGUUGCCCUGCUAGCCGCUGGAGUGAUUGCGGGGGAAAUCAUAGACCAGCCAAGUCCAAACUUCAGCAGCUGGCUCACAAGCAAAAAUGUCUCCUAGAAGAAUUCAUUGACGGACAAGAAGCCAUUUUCUGGGGGAGCUAUAUAUUUUUUUAUUCUUAACGGAGGUGAAACAAAACUAGGACCUCAAGCCCACAAUGACAGUGUCAGACUUUAAUGACACGCUCCCAUUUAGCGAAUUGGCCAUACCUCUCCAGUGUUCUCUAACACUACCCUUGGAGGUCAUGUAUUUAACGCACCAGCUCUCAAUGCCGGAUGCUGUAAACCUUUACUCACAUGAGUAAUUAACCUCAAUGGCUCCAGUAGGAAUAGAGGGCCAGGCCCGAGCUCCUUGGUGGGCCCAGGCUUGGUGGAUGGAAUUUUGAACUGUGGGGACCCUGAAAUCCUGUUUCUGGGUCUGAGGCAAAGAAACCUGAGAGUGAGGCUUUGUGAAGUGGGUUUUGUGUCAAGACUCUCCCAACAGCUUGAUUGGCAUCAGGGUCAAUGUGCUUCAAACAGCUUGACCCUAGACUGCACUUGAGAACUUUCAUUCGGAUGGGCUGUUUUAAUGGACUGACCAGGCCAAUUCUUAGCUGAGCAUUUUGGGACAGACUCUGGUGUGGAACUUGAGAGAACCCCCUGGCAGCCAGAGAUUUAUGCUAGUGUAAACUCUGUUGCAGUUAGCAGAGUUACUCCAGAUUUACCCUACUGUAACUCACAUCAGAAUCUGGCUCUUUCCCUAGGGCCCUUUGCUGCUAAUGGCCAUUUUAUUCAUGUUUUGACUUGCUUGAACAGGGCACUGAUUACUCUUUUUCUUGAAUUAAAAAAUCCAACCCUGGUCUGAAGUACUGGUAAGCAGACUGAAGCAGAUCAUAGUCAGGAGGCUGUUGUAUGGCUCAGGUUUUCUGGCAAAUAACCAGAUCAGAACCGUGCUUGGUCCUAAGCCUUGCCGAUCCUAGGACCUCCGGCCGAUCACCCUUCCCACCUUGUGCUUCAUUCAGCACAGUUGGAAAAUUGGAGAUUUCAAUGAUGUUUAUCCCAGAGACUCCUUGAACACAUGGCACUUGAGCUGAACUUUCCUCUGUAACUUAAUCAUAAGUAUCAUACGUUCAGGCCCCAAAUGGCAUCUGAAUUUCUGGCAAACGCUCCUGGUGCUGAAAGCAAAAUUGUUGCUGUUAUCUUACAGUGGGGUGUGAGGGGCUGAGGGUGUGAAAAGAAACAUUUGGUAACACGGCUUUGUUUAUUUCCAUAGUGUUCUGUCUUUGCUAAUGUCAUGCAGAUACAGGAAUUUACAAAGCCAUUACUUAAUUGGAACCAUCUAUCUUUUUUUUUUUAAUUGAGAUAAAUUACGUGAUGGAGGCUUUUCUUUU